AUGGAAGAAGCCGAAGCAUUGAGCAUCAACAAGGACUUUGUCAAUGUCAUCGUCAGCAAUUUCAAUGCGUCAUCCAAGGGUUUCUUCAAAUCUGGUGGGGGCUUAACGCAAGGGGAUCCCCCUUUCGCCUUUCUUGUUUGUUGUUGUAGCAGAAGCAUUGGUAGAAUGCUUUCAAGAGGCAUCAAUGUAGGUCACUCUAAUGUCCGCAAGGUGGAUAAGGGAGAUUUUCAAGUGAUAUGUCUUCAAUUUGCAGACGACACUCUUUUUCUAUGUGACCCUCAUCCUUCUCAAGCUGAGAACCUUCUUAUAGCUGUCGCGUGGUUCGACGUAGUUUCGAGACUAUCAGUCGAUCUUCACAAGUCAGAGGUAUUGGAUAUAGGCUUAGACUUUAAGGAGUUGGGUCUUCUAGCGUUGACAUAUGGGUGCAGGGAGGGUUCAUUCCCCACUACAUGCUUGGGCCUCCCUCUUUGCAUAGGGAAGGUUAAAAGGCAGCUUUGGGAGCCAGUUACUGAUUGA